AUGAUUUCGACCGUAAAAAAAGGACAUAAACCAUGUAUGUUUUUAAUUCUUCUGUGGGAUACGUGGAUUGUCGCAUCUGGACAGAUCAUUUAUUCCGUGUUGGAAGAGACAAGUCCGGGCACUACCGUCGGAAAUUUGGCGAAGGAUUUGAAUUUAAAUUUACAUGAUCUCCAGCUUCGUGGAUUUCAGAUAAUUUCAGAGCCUAAUAAGAAAUAUUUCAACAUAAAUAUGAAAAGUGGGGCGCUUCAGGUAAGGGAGAGAAUAGAUAGAGAUGAGCUAUGCGGACAGACCUCGACAUGCGGUUUGGAGUUAGAAGCCAUUAUUAAUUCACCGCUUCAGAUGUAUCGGUUUGAAGUGAAUGUAAUUGAUAUAAAUGAUAAUUCGCCAACGUUUGCCUCUGAGUCUGGAUUUCUUAACAUAUCCGAACUCGCUCUUCCAGGAGAAAGAUUUUCUUUACCCAGUGCUUAUGAUGCGGAUGUAGGUAGUAAUUCGGUCAAGACAUAUAAGCUAAGUCCAAAUGAGUAUUUCUCUCUGGAUAUACAUAGCGGGGAAAAGGAAAGUACAUCUGCUGAGUUAGUGCUAAUGAAACAUUUAGACCGAGAGAAAAAGGCUGUUAUUCAGCUCACACUGAUGGCUUUAGACGGCGGAAAACCACCUAGGUCUGGAACCACUGCGAUUAUUAUUAAUGUCGGAGAUGCCAAUGAUAAUGUCCCCGUGUUUAGCAAGCCCCUUUAUAAGGCCCGAGUCACCGAGAAUACGCCACCUGGUACAUCGGUUAUUCAGGUUCAAGCGACAGAUUCGGACGAAGGUCAAAACGGUGAAAUUGUUUAUUCAUUUUUAAGUCACGACAGUAAAAAUGAUGCUUUUGCGUUUUCCAUCAAUCCGGUCAGUGGUGUAAUAACAGUUAAAGGGGACAUUGACUACGAGGCGAACUCGGCUUUAGAUAUUCGUGUUCAGGCAAAAGACAAAGGCCAUAAUCCAAGAGCGGCUCAUUGCAAAGUGUUAGUCGAAAUUAUUGACAUAAACGACAAUACCCCUGAAAUUUCAGUAACAUCUGUAGUUAAUGCCGUAAAAGAGGAUUCCGUGGCAGGCACAACGGUUGGGUUGAUCACAGUGAAAGAUAGAGACGCUGGUAGAAACGGUGCAGUUACGCUCAGAAUACAAGACUCUGUACCAUUUACAAUAGCGAAUACUUACAAGAAUAAGUAUUCGCUGGAAGUAAAGGAUCCUCUAGAUAGAGAGAAUGUCUCUCUGUAUAACGUCACAAUCACAGCUAUUGACGAGGGGACUCCACCUCUCUCCAGCACCAGUGUUAUUACUGUACACGUUUCUGAUGUGAAUGACAACGCACCGCGCUUUCCAGAGCCCGUCAUUAAUAUUUACGUCAGAGAGAACAGUCAGGUCGGAGCUGUUAUCUCUACCAUAUCUGCUUUUGAUCCCGAUGUUGGCAAUAAUGCAAAGAUAUCCUAUUCAAUAAUAGAUAGCUCGUCCAUAAGCACUCCAGCAACAGCUUUUGUGAACAUAAACAUGGACAGCGGGGACAUACAAAGCCUGCAAUCUUUUAAUUAUGAAGAAAUGAAAACAUUCGAGUUUAAAGUGCGCGCCACUGACUCUGGUGUCCCACCACUGAGUAGCAAGGUCACAGUGAACGUUUUCAUCCUGGAUGAAAAUGACAACAGUCCCACUAUUCUCCCUCCCUAUUCAGAGCACGGUUCACUUAACACUGAGAAUAUCCCAUAUUCUGCCGAAGCCGGCUACUUUGUGGCCAAGAUCAGGGCAGUGGAUGCCGACUCAGGUUAUAAUGCGUUGCUUUCCUUUCACAUCUCGGAACCCAAAGGAAACAACCUUUUCCGAAUCGGAACCAGCAGCGGUGUAAUCAGGACUAAAAGGCGAAUGAGUGACAAUGACUUGAAAACUCACCCUUUGGUGGUUUUAGUUUGUGAUAACGGGGACCCUUCACUAUCAGCAACUGUGUCUAUUGAUGUUGUGGUUCUGGAUAGCGUGGAUGACAUCCAGAUACCAUCCAGGCUUGUACCGAUAAAGGAUGAGAGUUUCUCUGAUUUAAAUCUGUAUUUGUUGAUCGCCAUUGUGUCAGUGUCAGUGAUCUUUUUACUGAGCCUCAUUAGUCUGAUAGCUGUAAAAUGCCGCAAGACAGACAGCAGCUUCAGUAGGUAUAGCGCUCCAGUGAUCACCACACACCCCGACGGGAGCUGGUCUUACUCCAAAGCUACUCAACAAUAUGAAGUGUGCUUUAGCUCCGACACACUGAAGAGUGACGUAGUGGUUUUCCCAGCACCUUUUCCGCCUGCAGAUGCGGAUCUGAUCAGUAUUAAUGGAGGGGAUACUUUUACCCGGACACAAACUCUCCCUAAUAAAGAGAAGGUAAGAGUCAUUAAUCGUUUAUUAAGAUAUAUUCCUCUGUUCUUUUGCGUUUCCGAAAGCCCCCUGUCCAUGGUGCUGAAAUAG